CAGGUCGGGUUGAAUUCGGGUCGGGUUAGGAACAGGUCGGGUUGAAUUCGGGUUUUGACGGGUUAAAACAGGUUUGGGUCAAUUUCGAUUCAGGUAAAAAAUUUAUAGGUUACAUUCGGGUUGGGUCGGGUAUUCUCUAGGUCGGUUGAUGUUCGGAUUCGGGUCUCAAAUACUCGGGUCAACUCAGAUCUAGGGUUGAUUGUAGGUUGGGUUCGGUCGGGUUCGGAUCAUCAUUUUUUUCAGAUUCAAACGGGUCAGUUAAUAGGUCGGGUUAGGGUCGGUAUCUCGGGUCGGGUCAGCUUUUGACAGCUCUACUCUCAACUUCUGAAGUGUACUAGUGUGGCAGCUCAAAACGUUCACCUCUAAAAUGUAUGGUACCUAACAAAUUCCUAAGACUGUCUAAAGCAGCAAAAACCUCCGAUAAACCCCUCUAAAACCUUCUUUGUUCUCCGGAAAAACAGCGUUUUCCGGCGUUACAAUCUUCACCGAAUGUCUGUUAUUCUAAGCAGUCGACACUGCAACUUUCUCAAGGUAAGUCGCCUUCUUCCCCGCUUUCUCUUUCUUUCUUACAAUCUCUCUCCUAAAACCCUCAUUUCCUCAUUUACCCAGAUCCCUUUUACUCAUUUUCUUCCCUUUAAUCAUACUUUUUCUUCAUUUUCUUCUAAUUUUACUUGUACCCAUCAUUUUCUUUGUCAAUUUUUGCCUUUUCCAUGCUCUAAUUCGAUUAAUUUUGAUGUUAUUAACUCAAAUGAGAGGCGUAGAAUUUUCGUUGGGUUAUCUAGAAUGAUUAAGCAUCAGGAAUUUGAUAAUUUGAUGGGGUUUUCUCAAAAUUUUUGCCCCUUUAUUCUGUUUAAGAUCAUGAAAUUGUUUGAUAGUAGGGAAACUGCUGCUGCAUUUUUUAAGCUUGCAUUUCAGGAUCAUUCUGAUGAUACUAUUAAGCAUUGUUGUGUUGUUGCACAUUUGCUCGCGUCCGAGAAUCUUAGGUUGCUUGCUCAGGAUGUGAUUUCUUGGGUUAUAUUGAGAAUUGGGUCUUGUAAAAGUAUGGAAUUUUUGGAGCUCAUGUGGAGCCAACAUUUCGAUUAUGAAUCAGAUUUUUCGGUACUUGAUUCACUUAUGAGGGGUUUUGUGAAUGCGGGUUUUGUUUAUAUUGCAUUGGAUGUGGUGAAACGAAUGAGGGAUGUUGGUGUGGUACCGAGUUUGUCGGCUAUUAGUGUAUUGUUUAAGUUGUUGUUCAGGGUUGGUGACUAUGGAAGUGUAUGGAAAUUGUUUAGAGAUAUGGUUCGUAGAGGGCCUUGCCCAUCUAAUUUUACAUUCAAUAUUAUGAUUCUUGGAUUUUGUAAAAGCGGUUGUCUUGUGACGGGAGAGAGCUUAUUACAUGUAAUGCAGAAGUUUCAAUGUCAACCAGAUGUAUAUACCUAUAAUAUUUUGAUCAGUGCUUGUUGUACAAGAGGGAGAACUACUGAUGGAUUGACUUGGAUGCAUUUGAUGAUUGAAAAUGGCUAUAAUCCAAGUUGUGUUUCCAUGACUACGAUUAUAAAUUCGUUGUGUAAAGAAGGUAAUGUAUCAGCAGCAAGGAAAUUAUUUGAUGGAGUUAUUGAAUUAGGCCUCAGUCCUAAUAUCUUCAUGUAUAAUGCCCUAAUUGAUGGAUAUGUAAAAGCAAGAAAUAUAGUUCAAGCAAAUGGUGUUUUCAAUGAAAUGAGGAAGAAAAACAUACCUCCUGAUGCUAUAACUUAUAACAUAUUAGUUGCUGGACGCUAUAAGUAUGGGAGGGUAGAGGAUGCAGAACGUGUCUUAAGUGAAUUUUUAUCAUCACAACUCAUACCAGAUGCUUCAUUGCCUGAUCUUUCAGUUUCUGGAUUGUGCUGGGCUAAUCGGUUAGACGAGGCCAUGAAUUUGUUAGAGGAUCUGAUUGAGCGGGGGCUCCCUAUCGGUGUUAUUGCUUUUAAUUCCAUAAUAGCAGCUUAUGCUAAAGUGGGGCUAGAAGAAGAAGCCUUCAGAGUUUAUAAAAUAAUGGUUAAAUUUGGUCUUUCUCCUACCUCAUCCACGUGUAGCUCUUUGCUCAUAGGUUUGUGUAACAAGGGUAGGUUGCAAGAAGGUAAGGAACUUAUAAAUCAUAUGAUAGCAAAUGGUUUUCCUGUAAAUAAAGUUUCCUUUACUGCUCUUCUAAAUGGCUAUUGCCAGAAAGGGGACAUGUCAGGGGCUCAAACUUUGUGGUAUGAAAUGAAUCAGAGUGGGUUAUCCCCUGACGCCGUUGCCUUCUCUGCUUACAUUGAUGGGCUUUCUAAAGCUGGCCUUGUGGAGGAGGCCUUUGCUGUUUUUACAGAAAUGAAAAUGAGAGGAUGCAUGCCGAACAACUUUGCAUACAACUCUUUAAUUUUAGGCUUAUGUAACAGUGGUAUGAUGAAUGAAGCUCUGAAAUUAGAGAGAGAAAUGAAGCAAAUGGGUUUGGUUCCAGACAAUUGUACCUUUAAUAUCAUUAUCAAUGGAUUCUGUAAACAGGGGAGAAUGAAGUCAGCUAAUGAAGCUUUUGUGGAGAUGCAUCGGACUGGUUUGUCUCCAGAUAUAGUGACUUACAACACUCUUAUUAAUGGAUAUUGUAAAGCAUUUGACUUAGCUAGUGCCAAUGACAUUUUACAUAAAAUGCAUUUUUGUGGUUGGAGCCCUGACAUCACAACCUAUAAUAUUCACAUGCACGGGCUUUGUUCUAGUCGGAGGGUAAAUCAAGCUAUAACAAUGUUGGAUGAGCUAGUAUCAGUUGGUAUUGUUCCAAAUUCCAUCACAUACAACAUUAUGAUGAAUGGAGUUUGCGGUGACAUUCUGGAUCGUGCCAUGAUGCUGGCUGCAAAGUUGCUCAAGGUGGCUUUUAUUCCAAAUGUCGGUACCAUUAAUUUGUUGCUUUCUCAGUUUUACAAGCAAGGGAUACCUCAAAAGACUUUGAUGUGGGCCCAAAUGUUCCAUGAGAUCGGUUUUGAAUUCGAUAAUGUUACAUAUAAGAUCAUUGAUAAGGCUUACAGUGAUUUGCAAGAAGACAUGGAAGCUUCAGCAGGUAUACCAGAGAAAAGUCUGUUUCUUGACUUUCUCAUGUACAUCAAUUAUGACUACUUACGUAGAAGUAUUAAUUCCACUAAACAGCUUAAGCAUCCUAUAACUCUACUUGAUGAUGAAUAUCAAGUGUCUGCCAAUACUGGGUAAACUGCAUCCUCUUCAUAUUUGAGGUUCAAUGGAUCUUUGCACAACUGUGAAUAUCUCCUACAGCUAGUGAGAAAACCUGCAAUUGGUGGGGCCUUAGGGGGUCAAAAAUUGGCAGCCUUGUCUCCUAAUUGCAAUUUGCAAUGCCUACAAUGGCUACAAACUAUAUUUCAUCGGAACUGGCCAAAAUUGUAGAAUUGCAAAGACAGUAAGAGUUAUAGUUCAGGGGAAACAAAUGGAGUUGAAACACCAUCAUAUGUGAAAGAUUGUAGUAUCUGAGGAGCAUGUGAAAGAUUUAUCUUAUCUGGGGAGCAGCAAGGCAUUAAUCUGCAACUGAAUGUAUAUUUGACAAGCAUGUCAUGGAUAGCUGGAGUUCAUAAAUGAUGAAACUUUGGCUUUGCUGUCACUCUGGCAAUGUCAUGGGUUGCAGCUUCUCAAGUUGCGGAACAUAUACCGCUCAUUAUUAUCAUGCAGUUGUCACUAGCUGCACUACUAAACUAUGAUGGGCCGUACUUUGCUGCAUCCUGAGGGGGAGGAGACCGUAAUUUGUUGCAUCCUGAGGGGGAGGAGACCCUACUUUGUUGCGUCCUGAUCUUAUGGAAAAACAUAUUUAUAUUCCUACCUUACGAUAGAGGGCUAGGCCUGUAAUUAUCUUCAAGUUUCUACCAACUACCGGCUGUUCGGAGGAUGUUGCAAUAAAUUCUUGCCUUCAAAUCUGCAAAUUUCUCAGAUACACUGAGUUUGCUGCUUAUUUCUCCUGGCUGUUGGUCUUUUAUGCACUGCAGAGGGGGCCCUAAGGGCUAUAUAUCAGUAUUAAAUAUACUCUUAAAAAUUGUAUAAAAUUAGGAAUUUAUGACAAAAGCACUCGUAAAUCAGUGUUAUUAGUGUUUAUAUU